ACGCUUUAGCGCGCUCCGGAACGUAGCGUAUACUAAAACCGCGCGAAGUGUUGUGAAGUGCCAAUGGAUGCGGUUCCCAACGGAUUAUUGUGUCAAUAAGUUCCCUGUUAUUGGAUUUGUCUAUUCAUGGGCGAGUAACAGUGGUCUCGAGAUGCGACAUGCGCGCUCUGUGUUCGGUGCGAGGCCCGCUGGGCGGCGAGGCGCGCGCGCUCGGCGCGGGCGCACGCCUGCUCUCACUGCGCAUGCCCGGCCAGCCUCAGCCGGUCCACUUCGUAGUCGAAGCCAAGGCGAGGGUCAAGGAGCUCAAAUCAUUAGCCAGUGCGCAUGCUCAACUACAGGGCAUGACCGAUACAGAUCUGUUUGGAUUAGCAGUUUUGCAAAAUGGAGAAUACUUGUUUGUUGACUUGGAAAGCAAACUGUCCAAGUAUGCUCCGAAAAGUUGGAGAUCUUCCCAUACUCAUGGUUUGGAUGCAAAUGGGAAACCGCUCCUCGAAUUGCACUUAGUGGUACAAUUUCACGUGGAGAGUCCCCUCCUUUUGCAUGAUGAGGUCGGACGGCAUUUGUACUUCUUGCAACUUCGACACAACAUUCGCACAAGGGACGCCCUUCCAGCUGAGGUCCUCUUACUACUCACUGGAUUGGCUUUACAAGCAGAAUAUGGCGACGCCGAGUCCUAUGAGGAAAGGGACUACUUCAAAGUCGAGGAGUAUGCGCCGGCGUCGCUCACCGGAGACUGGGUGUCGGCCGCCAUGAGAGCCUGCCACCGGGAACAUAGAGGCCUCUCUAAAGAAGACGCAAAAAUUAGAUUUAUCCGUGAAGUGUGCCUGCUCCCAGACACGGUCAACUCACACAGGUACCGGUUAAAGCAAACAAAAGCGGAGCCCGACCCUGGAACAGUUUGGCUGCUCGUCACAGCAAAAGGCAUUAAAAUUCUACCCGAUAAUGGACCCCUAUCUAAUUUCAUAUGGAGUGCAAUCGGAAAGUUAAGCUUUGAUAGAAAAAAGUUUGAAAUAAGAUCUGAAGAAGGAAAAAUCACAUUGUACUCUUCAAGCGAAGAAAAAUGCAAGUAUUUGUUUGCAUUAUGUAAAGAAACGCAUCAGUUUUCUAUGAAAAUUGGUCCUAAAUUUAAUGAAAUACAAAGGCGCGAAGAAGAAGAAAGAAAGAUCUGUUAUGGAUACUCAAAAUCUUUAAGUUUACAAUAUAACAAUCACAACAAAAGUGAACAGAGAAUAUCUGUUAUAUCAACCACCAGUUCUACCACUACUUCAGGCAUUGUAAGCGACAGGGUACAAUCUGAGGACGAACUAGAAAUAAUGAUAGACUCUCCUCCGGCACCAUCAACCGAGAGUCUAGCAUUCGCACACUUAUUAGAUUGUUCGAAUUCUUACUUCAUACGCCAUGUACAAGAUGAGCCGUUGAAUAAAACAUCAUCUCUGAAACUUCAGAAAACAAAAGGUCGAAUGAAAACAACGAAAACUGAAAGUGACAACAUCUCCACUAAUGAAACAUGCUCUCUCAAAACGACUCAGAACUCUGAAAUUCCCCCAGAGGAAACAAAUUCUUCUGAACAACAAAAUACCGAUUCGGGUAGCCCUGUAUCAAAUAAAUUAAAAUGUACUGGAUCUCAAUGUUCGUCGUCUUGUAGUACUGUGAUCAUGGCAAGAGCAGGUCUCAGCAUCAGCAGAGCUUCAAAUGCAAGCAGUUUGGAGCUAGGCUUCAGUCAUACAGCACAAAAUUCUAUGCUAAGUGACAACAGUACAGUUGGUAUCGAUGCUGAAUAUUCCCAAGAUACGGCUUCGGCAUUAUAUGACGGAUUAGGGCAGCCAGUGACAGUAGCGGCUUCCAGCGAAACUAGUGGUGUGUAUACAAUGGCUAGCUCCGAAUUGACAACACGCUCAAAAAUUGACACCCUGUCAGAAGGAAGCAGAACUGAUUAUGGUGGUUCCCACUACGAUAGUUACAAACCAUCUAAAGACAACGAUCUUGCAGACUUUGACAGCGUCUCAUCUAUAUUGAAAAAUAAAUCAUCAAGGUCUUGUCGCUCCACUGCUGCAUCUAGAUUACGAGCCCUGACAGAUACGGAUUGUGUGGACGGAGCUUCUAAAUUCUUGAAACAAGAUCAUAACGAUGCUGGAAAUGGAUUUAGAGAGCGAACCAAUUCAAAUUUAAGCACGGUUUCCUUUCACGGGGACGGAAGUGAUCCGACUGAUAAUAAGCACAAUUUGCUCACGGCGAGUGAGCUUAGCGACUUAAUUGUAGGAAGGGGUGUUUAUCCAAAAAGUCAAUCGGUUAGUGAUACUUUAGACUCUGUGUCGGACUAUGUGAGAUUACCUAUACCUUUUACGGGAGACAGUUAUAUUCAGGGUCACGAGGACACCGCUCCGUCAGACGAUAACUACCCUAACACGUCGUUUUUUGAUCAUCCACCGACGCCUCCAGCAAGAAAAGAUAGUCGAAAAAUGCUUAAUUUAUCUCUUCCCAAUAUUUGUGACGUGGACGAUAAUAUGCCUUCUGGGUCGAAAGUACGCGAUAAGCCCCCACCUCCAUAUGAAUUUAAUCAUAAAACUCUCUCAACACCCCAUACUUCCGCACCCAUGAAGGCUCCUCCUGCUUAUCCCGGAACCUCAGCAUCGAUGUCAUCCAUAAAGCAAGCCGUUGAGAACGAAGAGGUAGCAGCGAGAAUUGUGACAACUAAGCCAAUGAUUACAAUACUGAAAGCGGAAGCCGGCGAUGUCAAUACUUCGUGUAGCAGAACAUUUGCCAGCCCCAUGGUUGUCGAGCACCGUUUUCAGAAGACUAAAAGGCAUCAGGCAUCGAGCCGCAGAGCUGAAAGAUCUAAGUUAGAGCAAGGAAUCAGUAAUCUGUCGCCGUCGAGAGAAUUGCCUCCGCGCGUGAUUGACUCUAACGUGCUGGUGGCCAUGAUGAAGCUGCCGCCGCCUCCCCCGCCGCCGCGGCGCCCGCGCCUGCCGCCCCCGCCGCCGGACGCCAGGCUACCUCCCCCACCGCCACCCCACAACCCAAUGUUCCAUCAGCAGCUGUAUAGUGACGUUGAUUACGUCUAUUAUCCCUUACAAGAUCCCCUUAUAUCGCAGCAAAACUAUCUCGACCACAAGCUCACUGAAUCAAGAUCGAACAUGCACAAUAAAAAUGGGCUUCAGUAUAGAAGCACGCCCUUUUUGUCUACGUCGUUAUCCUCGCCUUCCUCGAUGUACGGUUCCAUACAGAAUCUCUCAGAUUCGUAUGUGCAAUUACCAGGGACACGGAGUAGCCUGUACUCACUGGCGAGCAGAACAUCCCUGGGCAGUCGCUCGAUCAAUUUUGAACCUAUGCUUCCUGCGCGGACGCAUAUACCAGAGACCAGUUUCAUACGCUCCCCAACGGAAGAAAUAUCGUUUGCCAAGAUCCCACCUCCCGUUAAAAUGAGACGCGUGCCACCCCCGCCGCCACCGCCGUACGAACACAAAAAGAAACUUCCUACACAUCUUCGUGAAAUAAAAGUUCCGAACCCAACUACAAGUGUCGCGAGUGUCAGUAAAGUUAAGGACAGCGUUAAAGAAAGUGAUCUAGACAUUAAAUCUCUCAGAGAAAAAAGUAAGCACUUGGACUUGCCUCUUAUUGCGGCGCUGUGCAAUGACCGUUCAUUGCUCAAACAGACUAAAGCGUUUGGUGCUCCAAAGUUGAGUAAAACAGGUAGUGACUGUGAAAGUGAACGUAGAUACGGUAAGCCCGUACAAAGUACCACCGACAAUGAAACGACUAAGGAGGGCAACAUGAAGAAGCCAGCAAUAGUGCCUCAGAAAAAGACACUUAUAAGGAACCCUACUGAUAAGCUACCAGCACUUCCUGGCGCCGCUCACACUCCUAGAGCGUUGUCUAACACGUACGUUAUGCAUCCUAGUAUAGUUAAAGUUAAAAAAACACAACCUAGCUCAUGACAUUGACACAAUCUUUCCUCUUCUUGUGAAUCCUUCCAGUGCUAUGAGCUUACAUCCACCGAUUUAUGCCAUAUAAAGACUGACUUAAUCAUUCCGGAAUGCAUUUGUAAAAAAAGUUGAUAUAAUAAGAACUGGCGCAGGGCUAAACCAAACAAAACAGAGUGUAAACAAUUUAAAGAGGUUCCGUUUAAUAAAUAAAUUAAAGUAAUAUCACAUUAAUAUGUAGAUUAAUACCAUAUUCAUCUUCAGAAUCACUACAUAGUAUAAAACAAAGUUGCUAUUUUAGUCUGUUUGUCUGUAUGCUUAAAUCUUUAAAAUUACGCAACAGAUUUUGAUGCGGUUUUUUGUAACAGGUAGAGUGAUUCAAGAGGAAGGUUUUUAUGUAUAAUUUUUUUCCAAAUUUUGCACCCGUGCCGGGGCGGGUCGCUAGUAUCUUAAAAUGCAUAAUAAUAUCCUAAAUAUAAGCAGCGUAAUAUAAUAAAACACAUAAUAUUUAAAUUCUUAAUAAAAAUAAAUUGGGCGCAGGACCAGGAUAUCGGUCUCUUUUGUAAAAUAUACAAAUUUGAAUAUUAUUUUGAGAAUUCAAAGCAUGCACAAAAACUGCAAAAAAGUUACAAGUUAGAAAUUUUAACGAAUAGGUGAAACAUAGAAGGCGAAAUGGUAAUAAUAUAUACAAUAUUGCUAAAUACUACAAAAUUGUUUAUACUCUGUAUAUGUAUUUAGGAUAAAAAACUUUUUUUACAGAUGUAAAUUAAUAAAUCAAAUAGUUUAAGUUACUAAUAAAAUUUAACUUUAAUUAUGUAAAUAAAUGCGGAUAAAUCACAUUGCAUUUUUAUUUGUAAGAUUUUGACACAAAUAAUAAAGUAUUUUUUUAUAUUCUACGUAUCUAUUUUUUUUUCUUGGCAAAUUUUUUGUUAAACAUCACAACAUAAUUUAGAUUGUAAUUUAGACAAUUUAUAUAUAAGUAUUACCUAACCAAAAAUUAUUGGUUUUUUUUAAACGGCACUUUUGUAUCCUAGUCUAAAAGACUUGAUCUUUGUGAAUUAUUUUAAACAUUGGUAGGUACAAACAAUACUUUGGAUACCAAUGAAUUGGUAUUUUACUAUACUAUUUAUUAUCACGAAGAAAACUUUAUAUUGGAGGACACAACUAUCUCUGUCCAUGUGAUUUAUCCUAAUAUAUUUAUUUAUUUGUAUUUUACAAAAGAUCGCCAUUCGCGAAAUUGGCAAUCCGCGCCAAAAUAAUAAAAAAAAUAAUAAUUUAAAAAAAAUAAGAUUAAUAUUUUUUUCGCACAUAAAGUUAACAAUAAUAACAGCUUAAAUUAAGUGAAACAUGUUCAUUUGUUAUUGAAAAAGUUUUAACAUUCCUCAUGACAUGUACUUAUAUUUCGUUCUACCAAAAGUUCUUUUAAACGGAUUUUUUUAUUUAUUUCGAUUUUUUAAAAUCACACUGAUUGUUUUAUCCGAUCGCGACGAAGUUUAGAUUUAAUAAGAAAUAAUAAUAAUUCACACUGAUGUAUAAGAAAAGAGUGUAACUGAAUAAGAUUUAGAUAAAUUGUAAAUUAUUUUUUUAAUAUGGCGUAUGUAUGGUAAUGCUGAUGUAAGAUUCUCUUGUACGCUUAAGUUUGAAGAAACCAAUUUUUUAACUAUUAAAUAAUGAGUUUUAUCUUUUUUCAUGAUAUUUAAUCGAUAUCAAAAAAUUUGGGAGUUCAAGCAAACAUACGAUUUAAUAAAAACUUGAGCAUACAGAGGUAUCCUUAAGGCUAGCGUUAGAUUGGCUUCUUCGUGCUUUCGGCCAGUAACUGACAAAAACAAUAUUCGGGUACGAUUAUUAACCAUUUAAUAAAAAAUAUACAUGUUUUUUUAUAUAAACAGUACCUUUAUGAAUAUGUUACCAAAUAUUUUUUUUCAAUCUCUAAUAAAAGUAUUUUUGUGUGUGUGUUUAGGCAUGUUCAAAAUAAAUCAGUGUAAAUAAUUAAAAAAUAUUUCACAUUUUUUUUAUUUUAUACCCAAAAGAAAAAAAUUGUAUUUCCAAUUUCCAAGCAGAAGCCAAUAUGACGCUAGCACUUAUAAAAAUCUAUGGACGUAUACAUACUUAAUUCAAAUUUACUAUGUAAUAGUAUAGUGAACCAUUUUGCAACCAUUACUUGAAAAAUAAAAAGAAAUACUCUCCUUAAAUAUUACCUGAUGUAGAAAUAACAUUAAAUGGUGUACAUACUUAUAAACCGAAGUCGUUACAAGGUCAGGAAGAAAUGGUAAUGGCGACUAGUUAUUUAUAUUUUUUUCCAUUCACGCGGUGUACAUAAACAUCUGAUAUACUAAGUACAUAAUUAUUUGUUUGCAAUGUGUACAAAUGUAUAUUAAAGUUUCGCAAAUGUG